AUGCACUAUGCCCUGCAAGCUCUCCGGGACUUUAAAACUUACGCCGCCGGAAAACUAAUGUCACUGUCGUCGGUCGGAGCCGUCGGCGACAGUACUGUAACUCAACCACGUGAGCUCCGUCUUCAUGUCUUCGACAUAACCACACAAUUAAAAUUCCUCGUCGACUCUGGCUCGGUGGUAUCCAUCUUGCCAGCCAGCAAAUUUCGGAAAAAUCGCAACCCAGAUAUUCUCACCUUGUACGCGGCAAACUCAUCAGAAAUCACCACGUGCGGGACUGAGACCAUUGAUGUCAAUCUCAAUCUUCGUCGACAAUUUCCCUGGUCAUUCAUCAUCGCGGAUGUACCAACGCCAAUAAUCGGUGCAGACUUCCUAGCAAACUACAACCCAUUAAUUGACAUAGCAAACCGUCAAUUAAUUGAUUCAACGACGCAGCUAGCAGUAAAAGGCGAAACGGGACCAAUCGAACAUUACAAUAUAUCAACUGUCAGCUCACUGAUUCCGUCCAGGUACGCUGAACUCCUCAAACAGUACAUUAACAUCACCAAACCACUCAGCAGACCGUGUAUGAGCAAAAAAGGUUAUUCACACCGAAUCAUCACAUAUGGUCCGCCACCAACAGCUAGACCACGCAAACUGGCUGGUGAAAAGGCCACAGCAGCCAAAAAAUAA